CAUUUGGAUAGCCCUUCGUUGUUGAUGUUGAUGAUUUCUAUCUAAUGCCUGUAGGCAUAUACGAUAGUGUUGAUAUAUCAGUGCAAAGGAGCAAGUGAACAAGGCAGAGGCCCAUGUGGUGAAAGCUUGGAUGCUCAGGCCUGAAUUUCAAUUUUUACCAUAUGUCAGGCCAUUGUUGUACUUGAUAUCCUUACCACACAAAGACAAUAUACAGUAAAAACUUCUCUAUGGAGAUGGCCGACCAUCAUAGCCAUUUUCAAAAUGGUGGCCUUCCUGGUUACAGUGGCAUGAUGGGACACAUGCAUUUACAUGACAACCAGGGAAUUGGAGGACACAAACUUAUUAGUCAAGAUGAUCUAGAUCUUGAUUCGCUUGUAAACGGACUGAGUUCUUUUCCAACGCCACUGGACAGCGACGAACAGCACCUCCUGAGUCAAGAAUACCUCAAUGAAUCAUCGGAUUACGAGCCGUCGGAUCAUUCAAGCUCACCUCCAGCUUAUUCAGAUUGCAACGUUGACCCUCUUGAUAAGGUUUCAUCACCUAUCCAAGUUCGGAGAUUUCAUCGACAGCACCGCAGCCUUGUAAAGAGUAAAUCAUUGCCAAUUCGACGGAGCAUGAAGAGUGAUAUCCCGGAUCCAUUCCCGGAUCUUGGCGGUUAUCAGCAAUCAAGAAUCGCAACAUCAAUGGAGGAGUGCUUUUUUAGGAACCAGGACAACCUGAAAGAUCAGGAAUCAAUACCAUCAGAAAACUCAGUUCCAAUCAAGAUUUACUGUGAAGAUGGUAGUUGGAAAGUCACAACAGUAAUUGUGGAACCAUCCCAUAAUGCAAUGGAUGUUUGUCGAAUUAUGGUGAUGAAAAAGAACACAAUUGAAGAUAAGAAUUGGUCUUUGGUAGAGCAUCUCACUGACCAGGGACUUGAGAGAACGUUAGAAGACCAUGAAAAAGUUCUGGAAGUUUACAACAAUUGGCCUAAAUCUAGCAGCAAUAAGAUCUACUUUAGGAAAAACUUCAGAAAGUAUGAAAUCUUUCAGAACCCUUGUCAAUUUUUUCCAAUGCAUAUGCUAGAGAUGACAGAUGAACUAGAAGGCCUCUCUGAAAAAGCAGAACGAACAAAACAGAUUCUAUUGAAGAAUUUAUUUUUGAAAGGGGACAAAGUACCUAAAAUUCAAGGAUACUUGCAUUCUCACGAGGGACACAAGAAGUCGUGGAAAAAACACUAUUUUAUCUUACGACAGUCCGGAUUAUACUAUUCUACGAAGGGAACUUCAAAGGACCCAAAACAUUUAACAUGUUAUGUGCAAUUUGAUAGACUAGAGCUUCAUUAUGCAAUAAAUGGAAAGAAGCAAUACCACUCACCAACUGAGUAUGUUUUUACAAUAAGACCUACCAAGCCCCACGUUGAAUCUAAAGAAGUGAAAUACUUUUGUGCAGAAGAUGAACAAUCACGGCAAUGUUGGCUUGCGGCAAUGAGGCUGAUUGCUAACGGAAAGCAACUGAGUGAAAACUACCAAACAGCAAGAAAGUUUCAAGCCCUUGGGAGAGAAAUGGACCUUGAGACUUCCUCACGGAGAAUUGAAAACAGCAAUGAAAGAGUUGCGAUAGAUUUUUCUGGAAAUUCUGGCAGGAUCAUAGGAAACGCAAGUGAGGCGAUUGCAAUUGCAGAACGGGAAGGCGUUGAGUGGAGUCGCCGGAGUGGUCGUCCCGUUGAAAGCCCAAGAAGCAGCCCUAGGCACGGAUCUGGGGGUAGCCCUAGAUUCACAGCCAGUAGUCCAAGGACAGUGGCUACUAGUCCUAGAAUGAGUUACAGUCCAAGGUUUAACUGUAUGUCAUCGGGAAGUCCGCGAUACACAGCGUUUCACAACGGUUACAGUCCAAUCAUGAAGAGACGAUUACAUACUGGUAUUGAUGCAGGUAUUCAUGUAACACAGCCCUGGUACCACAGUGGCAUUUCACGGGAUGAAACACACAGUCUCUUUGCCAAGCAAGGAAUGGUUGAUGGCCUGUUCUUAAUAAGAGAAAGUCAGCGUUUGCCUGGAACUUAUGUGUUGUCAUUUAGCCAGAAUCAACGUGUUAAACAUUACCCAAUACAGUUGAUGGAAGAAGACAACAAACGUUUUGUCAGUUUAGAUGAGGGGAUGACAAAAUUCAACGAUCUUGUACAGUUGGUGGAAUUCUAUAAGAUGAACGCUGUUGGAUUACCCACAAGGCUUCUGCAUGUAUGUACAAAACUCUGAAACUGUUAAGAGCAAAAGAGAGAGAAUGUUCAAAGCUGACAAAAGUAUUGCAACUACUUUCUAAGGUUGCCUGCAGACGAUUGCAUCUGCAUGAUGAACUGGAUCUUGUCUGGAGACACGCGGACAUGCAGACUACAGUGUGUGAUACCUGUGCAUGAUCCUGUGGUUGUUGAACUCUUGAAGAAGCUAAUUUUAAUGGAAGUCGUGAUCACCAAGUGAUUUUUGGAAGUAUUUCAAUGAGGAAGAGUCACUUUAAAGUUUUUGGAACUCUGAGUAUUUUAAUCAUGCUCAUAUUAUAAACAAUUUCAAAGGCAAUGUGGCAUUGUUGAAGCUUCGUAAUACAGUAUUUUGAUGUGAUAAAAAAAAAAAACCAUGUGAACACUCGCAGUGGAUACAGUGGUGUCUUGGUCAUUGACGCCUUGAAGAGCUGUCAUCGUGUCCAACUACUCGUGCGUUAAAGAGCUAUCAUAAUCUUUGAUCUCUGAUGCCCACUGGCUACACCUUUUGGUUAUUUUGAAGGAAGACUCUUCAUAGUAGUAAAUCAUAAUAAUUUAAACUAUUUGAGGAAAAGGUUUGCAAUUUUUGCACAUAAUGCCAACAUUUGGCUAAGAUCUUGGAAACAUCAUUUACACUGCAAAUAUUGUGUAUUUUCUAUGAUCAGUAAAAACUUCAGCCUAGAAUUUUAUCUAGGAAGGAAUUUCUAGCUUCAGUAUAAUAUAGACACAGAUUGUUUGCUUUAAGGAUUGGCCAGGAAUCUAUGUUGUAGUUAACAACUUAGGACCUUGCCAUGUACGUUAGUUUACUGGACUAAUAGUCUAUUUGAGGACUAUUCUUUAAUAGACAUUGGUUGGACAGGAUGCCGCUUCAGGUAUUAAAUCUACUUAACGUAAAUAUUUUAUGAUAUUGAUAGAAUACAGUUGGUCAGAUCUAGAAAACAAGGUUUUUCAAAACUGGUUUAAUUAAAUUAUAGUGUAUAGCCUUGAUUUGGAAGCCCUCUACUAUAUAUUUAUUUUACUCAUUAAAUAUAAAUGAAAUUUUUAUUACUCAAUCUUAGUACAUACAGGUAUGGACCUUAAAUUUUAUUAAAUAUAGCAAGAGUUGAGUAGUAAUGAAAUAUAUAAAGAUUAUAAAAGUAAAGAAACAAUGACUGAGUUGUUUAAAUAAUUUAAAUUAUUGCCUUGGUUUUGAAAACUACAAUCCACAGACUUGAAAAUCAAUUGUUGUUACUCGUACUUCCUCAUAGUUAGGAGAAAGGUUACUAUGAUUGGGGAAUGAAUCAGUUAGAAUGAGCAUGAUUUUGGCAUAGGUUUGUGGCUGUCUCUCUUCUGUAUUUAAAGUACAUGUUAUGAUUUCAUGAAGGCUUACAUGACACCAUAACCUAGUCUCCAGCUCUGUGACCUAACCCAUCAGUCAAACCAACUGACAGGUCCCUUGCUGGUGUGAGUGGCAGUUGUUUAACUGUCAAUUAAGUCUGUGUAGCUGGUUGUAGCAGUUUUAUUACUGAGAGAAAUCAAGUGCCAAUCGAGUGUCAAUGUUUGAUUGGCAUACCUGUGAUAUGGCCCUAAAGGUCUCCAUCGCUUCAGAACAAUAGUUUUAUUUAUUUUACACUCUGUAGUCGCUCAUGUAUUGUGUGACAACAUUGUUUUAACAGGAUUCAACUUCAUUCUUAAAACUUACUUGGCAUAUUAUUCAUAAUCAUUUCUUGGUUAUCUUUUUUGUAAGGAAAAUAAUGCAUUAUCAAAAUUGACAAAGAACGAUCAAGAUAUUUAUUUUGAUCUGUUCUGUUGGUAAAUGAGAAUCACUCAAAUUGUUAUAACAAUUGUGCAUGUUAGUUAUGAUAAACAGGACAUGCAUAAGUAAAUAAUUUUGACAUUUGUCCCACAUAUCUUGGAGGAAGUUAUGGAUGUGACUGGGAGACUUGUAGCGAUAGAAAUUUUUCAAAUAGUUAAAGAAAAGAAAUACAAUCCAAUUAUACUAAAUGAAAUUAUGGAGGUGAAAGCUUAAACAUCAUUGUGUAAAACUGUUUAUCAGUAGAGCCUUUAACAGUUUUAAGAAUAAAUAACUUAUGAAAAGACAGUUUUUAUUAGAAAAACAAUGUUGCAAAACAAUAUUGUAUAAUUUGUUGCCAAGAUGUUUUUCAUGACUUUUAAAUGAAAAAGUACUUGGUUGAAACACGGUUGAAAUGUUAACUGAAUAAUCAUGUUACUGAUUGGUUAUAACAGUGAUGACGUCAUCAGAUUGCGUUUUACAGCAAGAAUAAUUUGAUAUAUUUUAGCAUUUUUAUGUUAUGUUAUAAAGGUUGCUUAGUGCCUCUGUUAAUAGUAGAUAACAUAAAGAAUUGUACAAAGUGAACAUAUUAUGGAAAAAUAUAUAAUUUUAAGGGAAAAUAAAUAGAAAAUUUUAAGUAUUUUCAAGACUUAUUCAUUUUAAUAGAUAUGUAUGUUGGAUUUUUUUUUUAAUUAUUUGUUGAUAGAUUCAUGAAAUUUUGUUGUGAAUGUUCUAAUGUGUGUGAAAUUAGCUGAGGAAUAUGUUUCAUUGGUGAAUGAAAAUAUAUUUACAAACUUGAUUUCUUUUAGGGAUCUAUUAAAUCUAAUUCAAUUAUGCCAAUUUAUUUCUUGUCAUUGUCAUUAAAAUAAAAUUCUUAUCUUAGCUAUUUUUUAAUUAUUCCUACAUCAUUUGUGUGUACCCAUAUUCUUAAAAUGCUUUAUACAGUAUUUAAAUUCAUUAAUAGAUCAGGCCACCAUAUCUUUAAGUUAAAAUUGAUGGUUCAUAUGAAUUUCCUGUUCAUUGAUUCAGUAUUCACAAUCUUUGCACCAGUUAACUGCAAACAGUUUAAUACAAAAUGCCAGGUAUAUAAUUUAUGCUUAUAAUAUAAUUUUUUUUAUAUGUCUACUUAAAGGUUCCCACAUUAUUUAAUGAUAUUCAUUACUUCAUAUUGAUAUUCAACACAUACUGCUGAUAUUAUUUUUUAAUUACAGUAAUUGUUUUCAUUGCUCAAUGUGGUUUUUUUUUCCACAAACAAGUUUCAAAUUUUUAGCAAAGGUACUGUCGUACAGAAAUUUUUACUUAAUAUUCUCAAUUAAUGAAAGUUCAUUGACCUAGUACAGCUAUGUUUUCUCAGAAAACUCAUUAACUAAUCAAAUUUUGUUUUUAAUUUAAGCUCUUGUGUGAAGAAAACAAUUAAGUAUAACACACCAAUGAAUUCAAUGAAUAGCAUGUUUUUAAUGGAUUUCAGGAAAAAGCUUUUUAAGUAAAUUUAUGUAUUAGAAUGUUCACAUAUUUUUGCUGACACCUAUUAAUAAAUUUAGAUAACUAUGGUUUCUUAAUACAAAUGAAGUAUUCAUUGUCACAAAGAAUUGUAUGUGUCAGAGUAAUAACCAGUGCUUGUAUUCAAGAUGUUUGAUUGGUAAAUUUGUUUGUUUUUUACCAUCAACACAAUGUUUUGGGGUAUGUGCGAUUAUAUUUUCUUCGUGAAAUCGGCAAACCCAUUUUUUUGAUGAGAAAUACAAUCUGUUAUUAUAUACAGUAUCUAUUAUAA